AUGGGGAUUUUUGCAAGGGAGCCAACUAUUGGUAAUUCAAAUCUGACACAGUCUGAUCUUGAUCGAUUGCUUGAUUUAGACGACACCUAUCGUACAGAUUAUACCUACGUAACAUCCAGAAGUUAUCGGCUAAACGGUUCGGAUGAUUAUGAAACUCCUCGCAUGUCGAGAUUGCCUUUGAAUUAUUACAGACGCAAAUGGGCAUAUGAAAAGGCACGAAAAACUGGUUUGCUUUACUACAUGUGCUUUUGUGCCUGUAAUUUUGCGAGUGGAUUAAUGCCAAGGCCUCUGACAAAUAUCUUUAAUAUUAUUAUCAGUGUUUUUCGUUUCAUCAUUCACUGUUUGUGGUAUGUCAUUAAUGGAAUAUUUCCAAAUCCGGAACAUUUCACAGUUAAACAAGGUGUGCAAUUAGGAUCAACAUCUUGUCUUGAAAAACACAAGCAUAGCUCAGAGGAAUUGGAGAAAGUAAAGAAGUCAUUUCGAGCGCCAUUCCAAGAAACAGUAUGGCAUAGUCAAUUGACUUCAUCCAGUGCUUUGGCUAAUAAGUUAGGACAGUCAUUUACUAAUAUGAUAACACUUGGUUACUUUUCCAAAGCUGAUGUCCAAGGUGGAAUUAGACGAAGACGCAGCAGUUCCAAUUAUGGUGGUGGUUAUGACGAACAUGAAUGGCGUGCGCGUUUUUCGUUCAGCCCGGUACAUGAUUUAACUCCUAAUGUACAACGGCGUGUAAGAACUAGCAGUUACGAAUACUCCGAAGAUCGUGGAACAGAAAUUAACAAGCAGUCGGUUCGUACUAUGAAAGUAUCCAAAGGAUUAAUGGAAUCACUUCUCUUCAAAUUAUUUUACCUUACGUUUAUGGCAGCACUGUCGCCAAUAAAAAUUUUCGAAUUUACCAUUGAGAAAAUUGCUUGGAUUGGAAGUUAUUUUAGUUUCAGUCACUCAACCUAUAAUCUUCGCAGUCGUACCGUAAACAAGAAUCUGCCACACGGGGAAACAUUACCAUACACUAAUCGUUUUGCUAGCUUCUUGUCUGAAAUUGUCACAUCAUGUUUUAUCAUCGUUUUCCUUCCAAUAACAAAAUUAGUCUCCCUACCGUUAAUGGCGUUCUCUUGCAUUUUUGGUCAAUCUCUCGGUUCAGUUCGAUUGCAGCAAUCCUUGCAGCAGCAAACUGCCGGGAGUUCAUCAGCGCAACUUGAACAUUAUUUACACUUUCAAAUCUUCCGUUUUUUGAUUGAUCUUUUGUAUUCGUGCGCUACUGGUUUCAUUUUUUUCCUGGUUUCUGUGCAUUCAUUACCAUUCUAUAUCGCCGAGAAUGUUCGAGAGCGUGUAGCUUAUGCAUUGGCUAAUGUGUUUGGACUAAGAGCCGCACUGCUGGUUGGUUACGAAGAAGUAAGACAGGUUAAAAGGAAAAAAUUAACCGCUAAUCUCGAAUUUACAGCUGCCAAAAGUCGACAAAAAAUGGUUCACAAAAGUCAGCUUUUUCCAACUCGUGGUUCUGUGAAGUACUCUACUGUAUUCUGGAAGUGGUUAUUUCCUUUGCUUGUCUUUCUUUUGUUGCUCAUUAUGUUUCAUAAACGACAUGAUAGCGGGGAUGAUUUAAUGGUAGGUGGGAUGGAACUAUUUGGCAAAAUUCAACAAAGUUUUUUCGAUGGAUGGAAGCAAAAAGUAGAACGUGGUCUAAAUUUGGUGCUUGAAAAUGCUUUGUAUUUGCUGUUUGUUAUUUUCCGUUUCUUGUAUGAUCUCUUCUUAUAUCCUGCAAAACUAUGUGGCGCGAUAAUACAUUCAGAGAGGUCACUGGAACAAGUUCUUCAAUUACCGAAAUAUGUGAUUGUGGCUGGUCAGUCAGUGGGUACGAAAGCAGUGACUAAUAUAUGCAGUUAUUUUUUAUGUAGAAUUCCGACGGAGUUAUACAGUUUUGGUGAAUCAGCAAUAAUUCAUUUCUUUGAAAGUAUCAGUAUAUUAGGUUCUAGUCUGUGUGGCAUCAUCCAACAGAUGUCUGUUGUUUCGGGAUGGAUUCAAAUUGGUUGUAUUUUUGAUAACAUUGGAACCAUGGUCUUAUUUAUAUGGAAAUUGAUAAGCUCUGGGACACAAAUUUUGUUGACGUUACCAUCAUCCUUCAUUUCAAUAAUUGCUCAGUUCAUGCCAUUUUCAAAUCAAAAAACGGAAGGCGUAAUUAGUUCAGAAGGCUCCAAUGACCAGCAAGCUGAGUGGACUUUGGAACAUUUACGACAUGAAAAGGAACUGUUGGAAUUGAAAGUGUUGCAAUUACGCCGAGAACGACAAGUAGAAGAAGAUCGUUACAAGAACAUACAUAAAGCAUUAAGAUUAAUCGGACGAGGCUCUUCUCUGAUGCUUACAGAUAAGCAACUAAAAGAAUCAUCAUUAGUCGAAGAUCAAUUGUUGCAGCAUAGAAAUAAUCAAGAUCCCCUAAACUAUGUAACUAAUUUGAGAAAAUCAGACGAUGAAGAAUUGGAAAGACAUUUACUUGUCGUUGAAAGGCGAUUAAUGAAACGAUUGGACAUUCUAUCUGAGAAAAUCGAGAAUGAAAUUGCCCAAAAAAUCAUUCGUAGUUCACAGCAAUCCGAUUCGGGGCGGUCAGCUUUGUCUAACGAACUAUCGGAUCUUUCAUCUGCAGUUCGGAAUUUGCGCGCUCAGUUUGAUAAAGAACUUUCAUUUAGUUUGAGUCGUUUCGAAAAGGCGUCCCAUGAAGAACGAGAAGCAUUUCGUUUGGAAAUUAUGAAAGCAGUAGAGAAUCGAGUAGUCACUCUCUUUGCAAGUCAUAUAGCUAAAAAAAGUGGUACAGUUUCGGAUACUGAAUUAAAUUCUGUUCUCGGAUUGUCGGAGUCAGAUUUUGUGAUAAUUAAAAAGAUGAUAACUGAUGCACUGGACACAUAUGAUGCGGAUAAGACGGGUAAAGUAGAUUAUGCGCUCGAAAGUUCAGGGGCAUCUGUUGUAAGUACGCGAUGUACGAAGCCAUACAAAGAAAAUUCACGACUGGAAUCAGUUUUUGGGAUUCCUCUGUGGUACUCUUCGUACUCACCAAGAGCAGUUAUUCAACAUCGUCCUCUAGCAGCUGGUGAAUGCUGGGCCUUUCGUGGUAAAGGAUAUUUAACAAUAAAGUUGUCGCAUCCCAUUUAUGUUACAGAAGUUAGCUACGAACAUUUACAUUCAACAUUGCAUCCCGAUGGAGUUUUGAGAAGUGCACCAAAACUUUUCCAAGUAUACUCUUACGAAGCAGUUGAUGAUCUCAAAUCAAAGUCCUUAAUUGGACAAUAUGAAUAUGACAUUAAGGGAAGAGCCUUGCAGACAUUUCAUGCUCAGAACGAGCUGAACACUCCGGUAUCAAUAGUUGAACUGGUGGUGCAGUCAAACUGGGAUUCAGAUUACACAUGCUUGUAUCGUUUUCGUGUGCAUGGGCAAAAGGCGUAG